AUGCAUAAUAUUUACAAUAAUGUUGUAAAUGUUGCGUUAGCAGAAUUUUCAGCUGAUGAUUGUAAGAAUUUAGGUUUUAAUAAAGCUAACUUACUUUGUUCUACCUGUGAAGAAUUUAAUAAACAUGGAUUAAUAGAAAUAUUAAAUAACUGUAACGAAUGUUGUUUGAAAGAUAAUGAUUCUGAUGCUUCUGGAUUAAGAAGGUAUCCACGUGCUAUUCUUGAAGUAUGCACAUGCAAAUUUGGUGCAUAUCCACAGAUACAAGCUUUCAUAAGAAGUGAUCGACACAGUAAAUACAAAAAUUUACAAAUAAAAUAUGUUAGUGGUUUAGAUCCAAUAAUUAAAUUAUUGGAUGCAGACAACAAAGUUGAAGUUAUUCUGGACAUACAUAAAUGGGAUACUGAUUCAGUUGAUGAGUUUUUAGCAACGCACCUUGUUAUGGAUUAAUAUUAUU